AUGAUGACAAUCUUGAAAGGGGAGGAGAAGGAGAAGCUGCUGGCAGAGGCCAAAGCGUUGCUCCAGUCUUCGCCUAUAUUGUGGGAAGGACGUUUCAUCGCGUUGAGAAGAUUUCAGCCAUUGAACUUCCGCGCGGCCGAGAAGGACGGCUUUCUUGAAGCGGGUCCCGGAGCAAUAUAG